AUGAUAGAACUGUCACUUGCACAACGGGCUUUUGCGAAUGCUUUGAUGGAAAUGAACGUUGAAUUUGGUGAAAUAACUCAAACCAACAAAGAUGGAGCAUUCGGUCAAUGCUUGCGUGAAUUUGGAAAACUAGUGUGUGAACUGGAAAACGAGCGCUUGAAUGUUAUCGAUAAAGCAAAAUAUCAUUGCUUGGAGCCUCUUGAAAGGCUUCGAUGUGAAGAAAUAGCACGGGUCUUGUAUGAGGAAAAGAGAAUAUAUGAAAAAGAAAGUGCGAAGUAUUAUCAGAAUCUUGAGAAGCAUCUUCGUUUGAGUACGAUUAAAAACAGUGAUUUUCGCGAGGCCGAUGCACAGAUGGAAAGGCAACGUCAAUGUUUUUGGAAUUCUUCCUUGCAGUAUGUCACGGCGAUACAAUCAUUGCAAGAGAAAAUGAAGUUUGAAUUUGUGGAAACUCUCACGACAUUUUUGUACGAUUGGUUGAAUUUCUAUCAUGUUGGUAAGUUUCACACUCAUUAUUCAUUUAGAGAUCCCUCUUGGUAGGA